CGUGGUGUUCUUUCGCCGCGGUCGCGCGACUUACUAGUCGCUCUCGUGACUCCCGCCGUUUCGGAGUCAAUUACACUAAUACGCGAUCAUUUUACAAAAUUUCAAAAAUAGAUUUUCAAUUUUUCAAUAUUAUUCACCAAAAAAAAUCACCAAUUUAGAAGAAAGAAAAAAAAAAUUUUAAUUAACAAAAUGUAUUUCUCAUCAAUUAUAAAACUCUAUUUAAAUAUAAAAUUAAAAAUGAAAGACAUCGAUGCAAAAUAAAAAGCAGAAAAUUAUUUUUAAAACGAAAAGAAAAUUACGGACAAAAAAAAAGGCAAAAAGUGUAUAGAAAAUAAAAAUGCUCCUUUGUCCAAUUUUGGAAAGAAGGAAAAAAUAUGAAGAAUUUAGUUGUGAAAAGUUGUUUUUCUUUAUAAUUGUGAAUUUUAUUGUUUAUAUUUUUUAGUGUUGAAAAUUGUUUUGUUGAAAUUUUUUGAAAAGGCAUUGUUACUGUGAAAAAAAAGUGAUAAAGGAAUUGUUACCGAAACGAUGUGAUAUUGUUAGAAAAAAAAAAAGAAAAAAAAUGUGAUACGUAUUAUAACAAAAGAAGUGCUAUAGAUAUAUAUUGUUAGCGUAAAAAUUCGAAAAAAGGAAAAGAAAAUAAAAAGUCGAUAUACAAUAUAUGAAUUAAAAAGGAAAAUCAUUAAAAAGAAGAAGAAGAAGAAGAAAAGCAAAUUAUAAGAGAGAAGUUUUAAAAAAAAAAGUACACCUGCGUUACUUAUAAACUUCGAUUUUUUUUUAUUUCUUUUUAAUUCCAAAUAAGAAGAAAAGGCCCUUUGGGUCGUGACCACGUGACAAAGCACGAGUGAAUCGUCUAUAAAAAAAGAAGGCUCAACGCCUUCUGAAAUAGUCGAGGAUGCCGCCUCAUCCUCAAAGUGGAUAUAUGCGCUCUUCGAAUUUGGUUCUCAGACGAAGAAGGAUUAUUGCCAACCAGCGGGGAUGUUUUCGGGAAUUCCGAGGCCGUUAAAGAGAGAUUGACUAGCAUAAGCCCUCGGAUUUAUCGUCAUCCUCAACAUCAUCAUCAUCAACAACAAGAUCAACGACAACGUGAUAUUCAAUCGGGAGAUUUAUUUCGAUAUCGAUAUCCGGUAGCAGAAAUGGUCGCACAAGAAAUGUCACAGGGUUAUACCCAAUUACUUCAUCAAACUCAUGAGCCACAGGAAUACAUAUCAUUAGAAGAACUUAGACCACGACUUAAUCAAGAGAAUCACAAUCAAAAUCAUCGUGAUAAUCAUCAUAAUCAAAUAUCAACAUCAACAUCCAAUACGGAACAACUUUAUCAACAUCAAAACUAUCAAGAACCCAAUUAUUAUAAUCUUUCAAAUGUUCAAGAAAGUUCCUGCUCAACAAUAUAUUUUGGAGACAUAGGAUCAGGGGUGGGGGAAUUAGGUGGAACGGCGGGGGAUGGCGAGGGUCUUGGACCAAUCCCAACCCCCGGCCAAGUCAACAUAAAUCGCGCGAACGACAACACCGGAAUUCCCAAAGCAAGUGGAGGAAAUACAAUUGUCACUUCCGUCAACACUUCCACGAUAACAACAACAUCUUUACCUCAAACUAUUGCGGGGACUAAACCCCCCCAGCAUAUGGAGACAACACCCCCUUCUAUGAUCAAUGAUCAAACAAUAUCAUCCGAUCAUUACUAUCAUCAUCAUCAUCAACAACAAGAACAACAACAACCACCACGACGAAAUUCCGUUAAACAAAAUAUUCAUACCACAAAUAAUGAUUCUACUGACGAUUUUACUUCUGAUACAAAGAAGAGGAAAAUUUGUUUCCAAGACAGAAACGAUACGCUCCUUGAGACUGGGGAUGAUGCCAAAUCAUUUCGUUCUGGCGAUGACAACAAAAAACAAAAUCACAGUGAGAUUGAAAAAAGAAGAAGGGAUAAGAUGAACACCUAUAUCACUGAACUAUCAGCAAUGAUUCCAAUGUGCCAUGCAAUGUCCAGAAAAUUGGAUAAAUUAACAGUUUUAAGAAUGACUGUUCAACAUUUAAAAACAAUUCUCGGUGCAGUUACUUCUUACACUGAGGGUCAUUAUAAACCAGCGUUUCUCAGCGAUCAAGAAUUAAAAACCCUUAUUUUGCAAGCUGCCGAGGGUUUUGUUUUCGUUGUGGGUUGCGAUCGGGGACGAAUUCUUUACGUAUCCAAAUCUGUUUCGCAGAUUCUUAACUAUUCUCAGGGGGAUCUAUUGGGACAGAGCUGGUUCGAUAUCCUUCAUCCGAAGGAUGUUGCAAAAGUUAAGGAACAACUCUCAUCAUCAGAUCUUAGUCCACGAGAACGGUUAAUUGAUGCCAAAACAAUGCUUCCGGUAAAAACGGAUGUUCCCCAAGGUGUUUCCCGACUAUGUCCCGGUGCAAGAAGAUCAUUUUUGUGUCGAAUGAAACGAAAAGUGGAGGUCAAUUCUCGUGAUGAUUCGCAAAUUAAAGAGGAGACACACACAAAUACCGGAUGCCAAAGACGAAAAAAGCAACAAAAUCUUGAUUGGAAGUACUGUGUGAUUCAAUGUACGGGAUAUUUAAAAUCUUGGGCACCGACGAAAAUUGGCUUUGAAGAACAGGAAGGCGAAGGUGAUGGUGAAGCUUGCAAUUUAUCAUGUUUGGUGGCAGUUGGUAGAAUACAAACAGCAUUAUCAAUACCAAGUUCAAUGUCCAGUAGACCUAGGCUACGAACCAUUGAAUUUGUCUCACGUCAUGCAAUGGAUGGAAAAUUUAUUUUUGUUGAUCAGAGAGUUACUUUAGUUUUAGGAUAUUUACCUCAGGAAUUACUUGGAACGAGUAUGUAUGAAUAUUAUCAUCACGAUGACAUUCCGUUUCUUGCCGAAUCUCACAAAACAGUUCUUCAAUCACAAGAAAGAAUAUCCACACAGGUUUAUAGGUUUAGAAGUAAAGAAGCCAGUUUCGUUAGGUUACAAUCGGAAUGGAAAUCAUUUAAAAAUCCUUGGACCAAAGAAAUUGAGUAUAUAAUAGCAAAAAAUUCAGCUGUUUAUUUCGACACUCGACAAGUUGAAAGCAGCGCGAUAAAAUCCGAAGGAUCAAGUGUUCAGGGAAAUUACGAUUAUUUUACACAAAGUAAUGGAGGUUUGGAAAGAUUAAUUUCUAGUCAAGUGGAGGUGCGAAAAAUUGGCAGACAAAUAGCAGAAGAGGUUUUGGAUUUACAAAGAAGAUGUGAAGAUUCAUCUUCAAUUAGAAGUCCAGAUUCAGGACCAGAACCUGUUUUAUUCAUCACCGAGCCACAGAUUACAGCCACUGCAUCGCCAGAAAGAAAUCAUGAUCUAUCUCAAUCGGGAAUUGGAAGUGACGGAAGUAAUUCGACUUCAGCUUACAAUCAGAUUAGAAAUAAUGUUCAAUUAAGCAGUGCUGCUAACGAUCAAGGAGUUGCUCCACAUGAUGAAGUAAUGGAAAUUAUUGGAAAUAGUGCAAUUGCCGAAUCGCCAAAUUCACUUCCAACAGAUGGAAAUGAUGAAGCGGCGAUGGCAGUUAUAAUGAGUCUUUUAGAAGCUGAUGCUGGUUUAGGGGGACCUGUGGAUUUUUCCGGUUUACCUUGGCCAUUGCCAUAGCCAUAAGUUUUUUGAAUGCUGUGAUUUGUGUCAAAAAAUUAAAUUUUCAUCCAACUUUAAAUUUUUGUCUAUUUAAGAAAAAAAAAUAAUAAUUUUUCUAAAUUAUUAAAUCCUAAACUUCCAAUGACUGUUUCUAUAUUUAAACGAUUAUUCUGUGUAAUUUUUAUAUCAUAUAACGAGGGGUCAAUUAUUACUCUCAUAUAUUUUUAGUGAAAUAUUCUCAUAUAUAUUUCCAUUAAAAAAAAUUUCUAAAUAUUAAACUUAUUUCUUUAUCAGAAUAUUCUCAAAUUCUAAAAGAAUAAAUAAUAAAUAUCUAAAUAAUUUUUUUU